AUGUUGUAUGGUGAAAUCUCAAAAGAAUGGGGGAAUUGUCAAAAUCUGACAGCCUUAUAUCUCUCGGGGAACGGUAUUACCGGUAGAAUACCUUCUGAACUCGGCAAGUUGAAGAUUUUACGUGAACUCGAUCUUAGAUCGAAUUAUUUAGUAGGGGAAAUUCCGAAUGAGUUGUUCAAUUUGUCUUCGUUAAUCAGAUUAGAAGUGAGAAACAACAUACUUACUGGUGGGUUGUCUUCCGAAGUUGGAAUGUUAAUUAACCUGCAACAUCUCGAUUUAUCCACCAAUAACUUUACCGGACCGAUACCCGAACAGCUUGGAGAUUGUUCAAGCUUACUAUCUUUGAAUUUGAGUAGAAACAGUUUUAACGAAAGCAUUCCUUUUCAAGUUGGAAGCUUGGAUUCACUACAAAUCAUGCUGGACCUUAGUCGAAAUGAGCUAACCGGAGAGAUACCGCCAGCUCUCAGUAAACUAAAGAAACUCGAAAUCUUAAAUUUAUCCCACAACAAGCUUUCCGGUUCAAUUCCUUCUUCAUUUGAUCAAAUGCUCAGCUUGACUACUGUAGAUGUUUCUUACAAUGAAUUAAGUGGUCCUGUUCCAAACAUCAAGGCCUUCCAGGAUGCUCCCUUUGAUGCAUUGAAAAACAAUAUAGGCUUGUGCGGCAAUAUCUCCAGAGGUUUGGAACCAUGUUGCGGUUGGAAGAAAAGAGGCCAAGCAUAA